AUGUCUGAUCUUGAUACAACUCCUACUCCAGCACCUUCAAUAACCACUACUCCGACAACUACUCCUACUCCUACUCCUACUCCCACUCCUACAGCUACACCUACUCUUACAGCAACACCAACACCUACACCAUCACUCACAACAACACAAACACAGACACAGACACAUACUCAGACACCUGCACCAUCAGUCACAACCAGCAAAGAAGCCAAUUGUAAUAGUGGUAGUUUCAGUGGAACAAGCAGUGGCUUCAACAACAACAGUAAUAAUAGUAAUAGUACAAAGGAUAUAAGCCUUAAGGAUUUGAGUAAUGCAGCUGCAACAUCAUCACUCAGUCUAUUGGAGACAAUGGCCAAGAGCAAUGAUAAACAUGCUAUAAAGGAACAUCUCAAGAAACAUGCACUCGAUCUAAAGAAUAGCAAUGAACAGACCCUAUUCCAUUUGGCUGCAAUGCAUGGAAAUGAAUAUGUCAUCAGGCAAUGUCUAAAGAAGAAGUACAUCAACCUUGAGGAAGUCAAGCCACUGUUAAUGAGGGAUAAGGAUGGAUAUAUUGGACUGCAUUGUGCGAUCAAUGGUGGACACUUUGAGGUGGCAGAGAGACUGUUGGCAAAGGGCUCAGACCCAAACUCGAGAACUGUCAGUGGAUCAACUCCUCUGCAUCUGUUGGCCAAAUACUCUCAUCAUCCCAAGGCGUGUAAACUGGCCGUGCAGUUGCUGGAUGGUGGAGCAUUCAUCAAUCACAAGGAUACAAAGUUUGAGACACCUCUACAUCGCGCCACACUCCAAACCUAUGUAGUUAUAUCUGGUGACAUCUCUGGCUGCCCCACCAACACACGAGUGAUGAUGCGCACCUACAACAAUAGCAGUAACAGUCUAGACCUUAUCAAAGUGUUCCUAGAACAUGGCGCGAAUCCAAACAUCUUCAAUAAGCGAGGAAAGACAUGCUUGCACUACGCUAUAGAGGAAGGGAGGGUGGACCUCCUGGAACUAUUCCUCGAGUAUGGUGCCAUCUUUACCAAACAACCUUCAAACAACUUCCCAUCACCUCUCGAGUUGGCCAAAGAGUCCAAGAACACUUCAAUCAUUCAAUUCUUCAAUGAGAGGAUAGCCAACUGUGGAGAGUAUAUACUGUUUAAUGAUAAGAUGGCAAGUUGUUAUAUUGGAAAGAAUGCUUCGGUAUUCCAUCAGUCGAGCGAUCAGUUCUUGGUUGGACAUUCGAUUCAGUUGGUGUCGGGCAGGAUCUUUGUCACAAACUAUAGGGUGGUGUUCCGCAGCGAUGCAUCGACCGCACCCAUCAAUCAUGAGACAUACUCGUUGCGAUGGCCAUUUGGCGAGUCCGAGGAGAUGACCAUACCCCUUCUUUCAAUCGACUCGUUCACAUCUGACAAUCACAUCCACACGACGACCACCACUCAGCCGACCUCAUCACAGCAGUCUGGCUAUGUUGUCAUUCCGGCCGACUCCCAACAGCAGCAGCAACUGAUGUUGUCACAACAGCUGGCUGCCCCACCACAGACGCCUCCACUCUCGUCGUCUGGCUCGCACAGCGGCUCACACACACCCAAUGGUUCGCUCACUCCCAACUCAUCCUCAUUGAAUGUUCAGCAGUCGUCGACAACGUCCUUGGGAGCAUCACUGUCAAUGACGCCACCACCAUCAUCAUCGACCUAUUGCUCGCUCACAAUCACAACCAAGGACUACAGGAACUGCAAGCUCUACUUCACGUCACAGGUGACGCGCGAUCGCGUCAUAGAGGUCAUCUCACAUCACUCACAAUCAAUGAUCGAGCACAGCAUGAAGCAUAACGAAGGCAAUCGACAAUUGCAGCUCAAGAUCGCUCACGACAACAUACAUCUGGAUGACGAGAACCGAAUGCAGCACAUCGAUCGCUACGAAUGCUACGGCAUCUUUGAAGACCCCAUGCCCUAUCUCUUUGCUCACUUCUUACAUUGUCCCGCAGUCGAGGAGGACAAUGGCUGGAACAUAUACUCGGUACGACGCGAGUACCAACGAUUUGGCAUCUUCAUGGAUGGCGCCAACAGCGGAGGUCACAACAUCAGCCACAACAGUCUGGACAACAGUGUCAACAACAACAAUCUGUACUGGAGAUUCACAACUUUGAACAAGGAGUACAAGCUGUGUCCAACGUAUCCCAGCAGCAUUGUGGUGCCACGUGUCAUGCUCGACAAGGACCUGGAGCGUGUAUUUGGCUUCCGGAGCAAGGGUCGCAUCCCUGCAUUGUCCUGGCGCGCACCAAGUGGCGCAUCAAUCACCCGUUGCAGUCAGCCAUUGGUGGGCCUCGAGCGUACACGAUGUCCCGAGGACGAGAUGUACAUGACGGAGCUGUCCACUCAGCGCCCAGUCUACUUGAUCGAUGCUCGUCCCAAGCUCAAUGCCAUUGCCAACACGGCGAAUGGCGCAGGCUUUGAGAACAUCUCCAACUAUCCCAACUGCAAGCUGGUAUUCCUAAACAUUGCCAACAUCCACGUAAUGCGCCGCAGUCUCGAGAAGCUGGUCGCCACCAUGUCACCGUAUGGGGGCGACGGCGACGGCAAGCACCUGUCGGCAAUCGAAGAGAGCAACUGGCUGAACCAUGUGCGUGGCUGUCUGGCGGGCGGCGUGUACGUUGCCGAGCUGAUCCAAAAGAACAUCAGUGUGCUGGUGCAUUGCAGCGACGGAUGGGACCGUACUCCCCAACUCACAUCCCUGGCGCAGGUUCUCCUGGACCAGUACUAUCGCACGAUCGUCGGACUGGAGGUACUGAUCGAAAAGGAGUGGCUGUCCUUUGGCCACAAGUUCACCCAGCGACUUGGCCAUCUGCACGAGCUGGAAGAGGAGCGCUCGCCCAUCUUCAUCCAGUUCCUCGAUUGCCUCUUCCAACUGGUCAAUCAGUUCCCUCUGCUGUUUGAGUACACUCCCGCUCUACUGCAAUUCAUUGCCGAACACCUCUUCUCAUGCAAGUAUGGCACAUUCCUGUACAACUGCGAGAAGGAGAGAGCUGAGAAGCACGCCAAGACCAAGACUGUCUCGAUAUGGACCGAUGUCAACAGGAACAUAGAGCGAUUCACGAAUCCAUUCUAUCAGACACAGCAGGAUGGCGUUGUGCUGCGACCCAACCUCAACCUGCGCUCGAUGGAGGUGUGGAAGGCGCUGUACAUGCGCAGCGACACACAGAACACAUGGCUGCACAACUCAUGGAUGAUCCAGAACCAUCAAUACCUCAAGGCCACUCAACAGCUGCAACUAUCACAUCACCAACACUCGACUCAGACAUCCACGACCACAUCACCACGACCAUCACUGGCUAGCGCUGGCGAGGACAAUGAUGCGACUGGUCUCGAACCAACGUCAACCCGGCCAUCACUUUCAAAUUCGUCCAGUCCGACCAUCAUCAACACAUCGACAUCAUCAUUGGAGCGAAGGCCAUCAAUGGCGCCAAGCAUGCUUAGUGGACCGCCGCAGCUGCCCCCAACAAUCGUACCCCCAGCACCUGUAAUAAUUGAAGUGUCGACUGCACGAGCAGCCGAACGAAGAAGACAACUGGAUCACAGACAUCGUAGAUCAUACUCUUUGCAAGAUCAUCACAAGCCAAUCAUCUAUAACAACAACACAUUGAAGCCAUCAUCCACGACCACGACCAACUCUGACAACGCCAAGAAGUUGUCCAUCUCCAACAACAACAACAUCAAUCAAUCAUCAUCAUCAAGUAUCCAACUUGGCAAGGAGGUGUCGUUGCCAAGAUCAGUGUCGUUUGUUAGGAGAGGACUUAGACUGCCUAGAACUCAACGAUUCAUACUGGGGUCACACCGACCAACUAGUGGAGGCAUCAAUAGGGCCAAUGGCGCCACGCCCAUUGUCACUGGCGGAGGAUCAGGAUGGGUUGUUGGCCAUCAUGUUGACCUGAGGCACAUGACCAAGGAGAAGUUCUACUUUGGUGGUCCAUUAGUGUAA